CCAAUGCGACUGAAGAACUUGCCAAGACACAAAAGCCAGGCAUAGAACAAUUAGCUGAGUCUUAUGCCAACUCCACCUUCUACCGAGAAACCAACACUGAAUUAGACAAACUCUCACGGGUUCAGGAGGAGAAGAGCUUGGCCUUCAAGGAGAUCACCUGUGUCACCUCCUUCUGUCAUCAGCUCAGAUGGAUUAUCUGGCGUUCCUUGAAAAAUUUGAAGGCUUUUCCUCGGGUUACUUUACUUCAGACACUUAUCACGGUCAUACUGGGAUUGAUUGUUGGUGGCACUUUCAAUCUGCUAAAAAAUGAAUGUACCGAAGUCCAAAAUAGAGCUUCACUGCUCUUUCUGCUGACAGUCUUCCAGUGUAUCACCAGCGUGUCUUCUGGCGAGCUCUUCGUGCUCGAGCAGAAGCUCUUUAUACAUGAACAUAUCGGUGCAUACUACAGUGUGUUACCAUAUUUCUUAGGAAAACUGGUAUCUGAGUUAAUACCUAGGAGGUUACUUCCAAGUAUUAUAAUUACUUCUAUGCUAUACUUCAUGGUUGGAUCAAACCCAAGCAUGAUGGCUUUUGUCAUUACAAUAUUUACUGUUUCGAUGUUGGGUUUUUCGGCCAGUUCUCUAUCACUAUCUUUCGGAGCAGGUGAGAAUGCAGUGUCUAUAUCAACACUUCUCGUGACUACCUACUUUGUGUUCAUGCUGUACUUUUUAGGUCUGUCACUGUUUUUUGGAACCAUUGUGCCUGGGCUAUCGUGGCUUCAGUACUUCAGUGUUCCUUACUAUGGUUUUACGGCUUUGCAGCAUAAUGAAUUGUUGGGGCAAAACUUCUGUCCAGACCUUAAUACAGCAGAAAGUAAUAGCUGUCCAAACUAUGUAAUAUGUACUGGUGAAGAAUUCUUGAGAAUGCAGAACAUCGAUCUCUCACCUUGGGGCUUGUGGAAGAACCACGUGGCAAUGGCUUCCAUGAUGAUUAUCUUCCUCACAAUCACCUUUCUACAAUUGUUAUAUUUUAACAAGAACAAUCUUGGGCUCGGUGUGCGGCUCAAGUUGUAGAGAGCCUGCUUGAAAACACGAGACCCCGAGUUCAAAUCCUGAAAUAACCACAGCGAGGAGACCAAAUGGUGGAUAGCUGAGGAAUCCUGGGAACCUGAGCUCUAUGAUUUCAGAAAAAUACUACUGAUGGCAGCAAGGAUCAG